AUAAUGAAGUUUACAUUACUUUCAGUGGUAUUGAUUGCAUCAUUGCACCGUAAGACUUCACAACUGGUCGUGCCCGUGUUUGAGCAGGUUCUCUAACCUGUAGUCUCAGUGACCGAAACUAGUGUAUUCCCGGGUCGUCACUCUCUCACACUCGAUCACGAAGGGCAUCUUCUCUGUCGCAAUUUCCCAACUGGUUUGAUAAAGCAUACCUGGUUCUCCAAGACAUCAUUAUAUUCUUGAAAGGCGACAACGUUAAGUAUCAUGGUGGUAGUUUGGAAUUCAUAUUUUCUGUCAACAGUCGCCAUUUUGACAACCAUCGCGACAGGGCCAUACACAGUACUAGCGCACACGGCAAUCGGCGAUGCAGCCACUACUAUCCACGUCACAGUGGGAGAAGACAAAGUCAUCCCCCUUGGUGACUCGGUCGUUCUCCCUUGCAACUACUCCGUCCCUUCGGACAAUGUCCAUCCUCUGGUCAGCUGGUGGAAGGACAGAGGGCCCGUACUGACCAGACGGAUCGUGUACGAGCACCAGGAGGGACGGUUCAGUAAGGGGUACGGAGGAUGGGCCGGUAGGUCUGAGUUGGUGGGACAGGCGUCCCUGGAAAUUUUCAACAUCACUACAGACGACGAUGGGAAAUAUGAGUGUGAAGUUCGGGUGCCUUUGAUAUACGGGGCUGCGAGAGGCUACAUUCUACUGUCUGUAGUAGACGGAGAACAUGGCACAGAGAACAGUGCACCACACAGUCCGUUGGGCCGCACGGUGGUGGUUGCGAUCAUUGCUGUCGUGUGCUGCCUUCUGCUGGUUGUGCUGACAGUGACGGUCCUCUGUCUCCGUCAAAAAAAGAGGAUCAAAAGGAGUUCAGCGGAACAGCAGUCGGAUGGGAGAACAAGUCAUACUUCAAGCGGAGAAAAGAUUUGACCAGACAUCAUGCAAGGAACAUAUAUACAACAUGUGUGUGUGUGUGUGUGUGUGUGUGUGUGUGUGUGUGUGUGUGUGUGUGUGUGUGUGCGCGCGACCUUAGAAUACUAAGCUCAUGAACCUUAGACGCUGUAGAGGUAAAUCGAUAUGUUGGGUUGCCUUAAUUCUCCUCCGGUACUAAAUUGUAAUAUCGCCGUUUGUUGCACUUUACUUAAUAGUCGCACGGGGACGUUGCUGCACUGUGAUUUCCCUGUGUAGCUGGAUUACCGUGUUUCUCCUGAAGUAUUAUGACUAUUUUAACCUAUGGUGAUGAGCGUCUAUAUCAGCUGAGUAUACAGGGGUAUACAGGGAUCGAUCACUAUGACCUGUUUGCGUCUUGUUGUGACAUUGGCUUUCUCUUUCUGCAUUUCAUAGAUUCACAGUAAUGACUACGUUGGUAUCGUUUGUAUCAGAUACUGGAUUUGACCAAGCAUUCGUUGCCUACGAGGAAGUGCUGAUUUUACUAGGCUGGUAGUAUUUUUUUCAACUAGGUAACGACCUAAGCUAGGACAAAAGAAUGAUUAUGCAUUGUCCAAAAAGCACAUUUUUGUUCGCUUGAUGCAUAUCAUAUUGCCGAGUCCGUCAAGAUACUGAAAACGUUUAGUCCUGUAUGAAUGUGUUUUUAUUUCGCGCGUAAGUGUAUGACUUUAUGACACUUCCCUCUCCGCAAAGCGUACAAAAAAGUGAUUCAUGUUCUGACCAAUAAAGGAGUUGAUAUUGG